AUGUCUCCGAGCGUCGUUAACUGCCAUCAGAUCACUUGUCCUGUCGUACAUCAGUAUGACAAAUCUCUCACAGAGAUUGAGAUUAUUGCCGGUCAGUUCUAUGGUAUAGAUAAGGUCAGCUACACGUACAAUAUUAGACAUGAUCCAAUUCGUCAGCAAGAAGGAUUAAAGGACUCAAGUGCAGGAAUGAGCGCCUUUAAAAAUGUCGUAAGUGUAGCCAUUGCGUUGGUUUGUCUUAUCAGAACAGGAAGUUGUCUUCACAAUGGCACCGAUCAUGGACCCCGUCCACCACCACCACCACCCACGACAAGCCAUGCGAAUACACAAAGCCCCGAUGAUGGCCUAUCUGGUGCAGAGAUAGCCGGCAUCGUGAUUGGCUGCGUUACCGCCCUCGCGGCCAUCGUUGGAACAGUUUGUGGAGUCAGGGCGAUCCGCAAAUGUAGUAUUAAAAAAGAAGGAUCGCAUGGAAUAAGCAACAGUUGUUGUGCUUGUAUAAUAAACAUUGUAAACAAGCAGCAUCCAUCCACUGAAAACCCGCCGCCCACUAAAAAACCACCACCGUAUAAGGAGUAGCCGGCAUCGUGAUUGGCUGCGUUACCGCCCUCGCGGCCAUCGUUGGAACAGUUUGUGGAGUCAGGGCGGUCCGCAAAUGUAGUAUUAAAAAAGAAGGAUCGCAUGGAAUAAGCAACAGUUGUUGUGCUUGUAUAAUAAACAUUGUAAACAAGCAGCAUCCGUCCACUGAAAACCCGCCGCCCACUAAAAAACCACCACCGUAUGAGGAGAGCAUCAAUGUCUGUAACAACUGAUUAUAUUUAUAAGAGCUUACUACUAUCUCCUUCUAUAUGUAACAUAAUAUUUGGUUGUAUGCAUCUUAUGUUUAUCUUUGAGCUUUUACUUUUUGUUUGUUGUCUUUUGAUUGUAUACUUUUUUAUUUAGAUUUUUUCGCAGAUUUCAAAAAUACUUGUUUUUAAAGAGCUGAGUAAAGUUUGUGUAUUACAUCGAAUACGUAAUGCUAUGAAGUUGAAUAGUCAUGCUAUUAAAAACAUUUGUUCUUUUA